CAGCAACCACUUUUGCCUCAAGUCCACUAACAUAGCUCUUAGCGCGGAACAAGUUGAUGACCUUCAUUUACUAAAUUGAAUCUCUCUUGAGCAAGCUGAUUGUAGUAAAUCAUGGCGAGACAGAGAGACCUUUAUAAGGUUCUUGGGGUAUCUCCUAAAGCAACCCAGCAAGAAAUUCGCAAUGCAUACAAAAGAGAGUCACUGAAGUCGCACCCCGACCGAGUGCCUGCCGAUUCGCCUGAGAGGCCAGCUCGGACUCGUAGGUUCCAAGAAAUCAACGAUGCUUAUUAUACGUUAUCGGACAUAUCACGCCGGCGCGAUUACGAUGCGACACGAUUGGCAGAUGGGGUGGAUGAAGAAUAUGAUAUACCUCAAGGAGGUGCCGGUGGUUUCCCAUGGUCCGCUUUCGGCUUCGGUUCCGCUACUGAUAGAGAGCAACGGGCAUCGGAGCAAUUUGGGUCUGUCUUUGAGGAGAUGCUACGCGAAGAGGGUCUUGCGAGUGAAGACACCGAUGCUGAUGGCCGCACGCAAACCCGUCCUACGUCACGCUUCUGGUCCAUUGUUGGCGGUAUUAGUGGCGGCGCACUGGGGUUCAUCAUUGGUAAUGCUCCCGGGGCGUUGGCUGGAGCUGUCGCGGGUAAUCGACUGGGAGCGGUACGUGACGCAAAGGGAAAGAGUGUCUACGAGGUCUUUCUGGAGCUGCCUCAAACCGACCGUGCUCGGCUGUUGACCUUGAUGCCUGAGCUAGUCCCCGCUAUCACCUCCCCACUUCACCGCAUGCGUCCUUCCCCCCCUGAAUUCGACCAUUUUCGCCGUCUUGUCGCUCUCGAGUGGCUAUUGAAAGUCUCCCUUUCUUCUCCUCGCUUUUCACACAAAGUUCACAAACAAGAUCUCUUAAUUGUGUUUGGCAUCAUGGCUGAAGGCGCAAGCGUGUAUCCAUCUUUGCCGAAUCGGCCUUUACAGGGGACCAUUUGUCUUUUCGAUGUCGACAACACACUGUCACUCCCGAGAAGGGGUGCCACUCCAGAAAUGCUGGAACUCCUCUCUCGACUUCGCCACAAGUGUGCUAUCGGAUAUGUUGGUGGAUCGGAUUUCGCCAAGCAGCAAGAACAGCUUGGCUCAGCUACAACAAACGUCACAUCCCUCUUUGACUUUUGCUUCCCUGAGAACGGUUUGACUGCUUUUCGUCUGGGACAGCCGCUCGCUGGAACCAGCUUCAUUGAGUGGAUUGGAGAGGAAAGAUACCAGGAGCUGGUCAACUUCUGCCUUAAAUACAUCGCGGAUUUGAAGAUUCCUAAGAAGCGUGGUACCUUCAUCGAGUUUCGCAACGGAAUGAUUAAUGUCAGCCCCAUUGGCAGAAACGCUAGCUUCGACGAGAGAAAUGAGUUCCAAGCAUAUGAUGAUGUGCACCAUAUCCGUCGAGACUUGGUAGAAGCUCUCAAGAAGAAGUUCCCUGAUUGGGGUCUCACCUACUCUAUUGGCGGCCAGAUCUCGUUCGAUGUUUUCCCUACUGGCUGGGACAAAACCUACUGCCUGAAGCACGUCGCCGCUGAGAAGGAGAUAUCUGGCGUGGAUUACAAGACGAUUCACUUCUUUGGAGACAAAUGCUUCGAGGGAGGCAACGACUACGAGAUUUAUAGCGACUCUAGGACAAUCGGUCAUGCCGUUCAAAACCCCGAUGACACCAUGAAGUUAUUAAAAGAGCUUUUCGAGCUAUAGAUGGGCCGAAGAAGUGCUAUAGUCCGGCUUUCUCUCGGAAAGUGAUCCAUAUGGACUGGAGUGAAAGUGGGAUACCUAAGCUCGCGUUAGGUCCCGAGGAAAAUAUACUAAUUGGUUCAGAGGCAUAAGUGCAAAAGACGAUUUGUACUGUAGAUGGUUGCUAUAUGAAGUAUAAUUUAAACCAGUCACAC